GGAGCGGCUAGCAGCUAGCUAGCUAGCGGUUAGCCCUGUUGUUACCGGUGCUGUGUCUACAUCUGCUCCACGUUGACCCUAUGACCCCAUUUAACCCCUAACCCCUGACUCUAAACACCACAACAGGAGAAGUUCAGCCACAGUAUGUAUGUAAACAAACUUUAAUGAAGGGUUGACGUCACAGAGCAGGAAACACCGUUUUUUUUACACAACACCUUGCGUGCUGGUGUUAUUGCGCGUGCGCGAGGUGUGGUAGCGACAACUCCACCAGGGCGAUAUGCUAUGUAUAUAUAUAUAUAUAUAUAUAUAUAUAUUUUCAUAAUUGGUCUCGUGAUUAAGAGGUUGUCAGGUUUUCAAAUGGAGGAAACCUUUAUUGAACCCCAAACCGUUUGACAGGAUCUGAAUAUCUCCACAACAACAUGAUGGCUAUUUACUACUGCUCCUUCAUCCAAAGUCUCUUUGUAUAGCAAAGGGUUAGAACUCCAAAGGUCAGGGUCCUGGACUAGUGUUCGCCUAUCGAAGGCCAGUUGACGUGGCUCCUGUUGCAGUGCUCUGGGUCCAGGUUCAGAUGUAUCGGGGCGAGAGGCACUUUAAGGUCUUUUCUUUCGCUGUCAUUUUCUUUUCUUUGACAGUUAUUACUUCCAUAUCGUUCAAAGUGGAUCAUAAAGUGCCUCUCGUCCGAUGCAUCAGAACCAGACCAAUAGCGGCUCGUGCGGUCAGAACCAGGACACAGAUGAUUGUCUUGGUGAGAGCGUCUUCAGGAUCUCUGACAUGAGCAGCUCUGCUCAGAGGAAGAGGAGGACCACAGGUAGUCCUCUGGUUUCCAGGCUCAGAACCAAGACCAGCAGAGGGGCUAACGCUAGGAGGCCGGCUAACGCUAACAGAGCAGCAAUCAGGACGGCUAACGUUAGCAGGCCUUCUGAUGGUGAUCCUGCCGCCCCCACAGAGACCAUCGCUGGGAUGAACAACACUGAGGAUAGUGUAGAGGAGGUGGUGGAUCUGACCUGUGAGGGAUCAGAAGCUGUGGUCGAUCUGACGAACAACGACUCUGUUCUGCUGGUGGACGAAGGUCCACAGAACAGGAGAGUCCCCACGAGUGAGAGCUACGUCGUCAGCAGUGAUGAAGAGGACGACGCGCCGCCUGUCCUCAACACUGCCAUUGUGUCCUACGUGCAGACCAACAGCUCCUCCAGGUCGACUCCGGGGACGAUUAGCUGUCCCGUCUGUCUGGACUCCUACUCUGAGAUUGUGGACAGCGGCCGAUUGGUUGUUUCCACUAAAUGUGGUCACGUGUUCUGCAGUCAGUGUCUGAGAGACGCUCUGACGUCAUCACACACCUGUCCCACCUGCAGGAAGAGACUGACCCACCGCCAGUACCACCCCCUAUACAUCUGACAUCUUCACACACCUGAGUUAUUUUUGGAUGUUAUAUUUCCAGUGACCUCAUCAGUGACAUCAUCCGAUCAGAUGCUUUUUGCCGCUGAGUUUUUUUUUUUUUUUUUUUUUUUUUUUAUGUCUCCAAAAACAAAAGACUUUGAGCUGCGUUUUAUUUAAUGAGGGAUUUAGAAUUGAUUGAUAUUGUAUGAUUGAUAUAUUGAAUAUAUUUGAUAUUUUCAGUUUAUUCUUCCGUUGGAUUGUGGUUUCUCUAUCGUCUCUGGACUCGGUUUCUUUUCUAUUGUGAUCGAUCAAAUGUGUUUACGUAGAAAUAAACUAUUCAAAUAUGG